AGGAAAUAGAAAUUAGUUUUCUUCUCUCUAUUCUCACUUCUUCUUUCUCCCUUCGUCAAGUCACUUUUGAGUCGCGCAGCAAUUUGGCGUUUGGUCUCUCUCUCUCUCUCUCUCUCUCUCUCUCUCUCUCAAUCUGCUGCUCUUUCCUCAGUCAUGGAUAUCGAUUUCAAUGAUUACAAGCUCAGGUGCGAGCUUCGUGGCCACGAUGAUGAUGUUCGUGGGAUAUGUGUCUGUAGUGAUGAGAAUAUAGCUACUUCUUCAAGAGAUAGGACCAUAAGGGUUUGGUCACUGGAUCCAUCUGAUAAGCGCAAGUAUACAUCUUCUAAGAUUCUGUUGGGUCAUACUAGCUUCGUUGGCCCACUUGCAUGGAUUCAACCAACUGAUGAUUACCCUGAAGGAAGACUUAUCUCUGGGAGUAUGGAUACUUUCGUCUUUGUUUGGAACCUGAUUAAUGGAGAGAAUAUUCAGACAUUGAAGGGUCAUCAGAUGCAAGUCACUGGUGUUACUCUUGAUAACGAGGAUAUAGUGUCCUCUUCGGUUGACCAAACUCUGAAACGAUGGAGAAACGGUCAGCUUGUUGAAUCUUGGGAGGCACACCAGUCGCCUAUCCAGGCAGUGAUAAAGUUGCCAUCUGGUGAGCUUGUAUCAGGUUCAAGUGACGCCAGUCUCAAACUCUGGAAGGGAAAAACAAGCCUGCGAACUCUUUCAGGGCAUACAGAUACUGUUAGAGGGUUAGCUGUGAUGCCUGAUUUAGGUUUUCUUUCCGCAUCACAUGAUGGGUAAGUUAUUUGAUUCCAACAAACUCAUGCCUUACUGAA